CUUGCAUGACUGUCAAUAUACAAUAAAUAAAUACGUUUGAGGUGGUUGGCAACCUGCCAUGCAAUCUUCCAAAAACAGGUUGCAUUUUGGUAGAAAGUAGGAACCCAGAUGAAACCCAUGACAGGAUAUGAUUGUUACUCCCUUUUUAGCCAUAUUCCAAAGAGAAAACACCUCAAAGUUCCUGGGAAAUUUUAUGCUCACUUUCUCUCUCAUCCCAAGAGACAAGAGCUGUCCCUUUAUACAUUUUUGGCAGAUCUCUUUGUAAAAACCAUAGUUUGGACUCCAUUCUCAAAACAUCAAUUUCUCAGUCUUAGAUGAGAGCCGUACCACUUCAAAUAGAUGUAUCCCAACACAAGCCAUGACCAGCCCAAGCUUUGUAUAUAUCUCCAGAGAGAUGGGCUUGAGCAGCCAGAACCACCAUGGGCAUCUCUUUUCCACGAGCUUCAGAUGAUCUGGGAUGAAGUGGGGAAGCCACGCAAUGAUAGGGAAAAGACAUUAGGGGAAAUUGAGCAAGAGUGUCUAGAGGUUUAUAGAAAGAAGGUUGAUCAUGAAAAUUGUUUCAGAGCUCAGCUACGCCAAACCACUGCAGAUGCGCAAGCAGAGCUUGCUUCCAUAUGCGCUGCAAUGGGAGAACGGCCAACCCUUCAAAUUCAGCCUGAACAGAAGCUGGGUGGCUUAUUGGAAGAUCUGAAUUGUACUUUAUCCCAGUUAGAUGAAAUGCGGAUGAGGAAAAGCAACAGAGUGCAGAAAUUCAUGGAUAUUAUGGCACAGAUACAGAUGCUUUCAGAUGAAAUAAAUGACUCUGUAAAAUGUGAUCACCCAAUGGUUUCAGUGGAUGAGAAAGAUCUCUCUCUCAGGAAACUUGACGACUGCAUUAGAAAACUAGAAACACUACGAAAGGAAAAGAGCGAUCGCGUAAAACUGGUUCUGGGGUAUUUGAGCACCUUAAAAUCAACAUGUUCGGUACUUGGCAUAGAUUUCCUGCAUACAGUUCGAGAGGUAUAUCCAUCUCUGAAUGACUCUGCAGGAUCAACAUGCAUUAACCAUGAUACAAUAGAGAAACUGGGUACAUUGACAGACAGGCUACAAAAAGUAAAAAGGCAGAGGAUGAAAAAGCUUCAAGACUAUGCGACAACAAUGCUGCAACUCUGGAAUCUCUUGGAUACACCAAUUGAGGAGCAACAACCAUUCCAGGAUACUACCAGCAACAUAGCUGCUUCAGAACAUGAAAUGAUUGAACCCAACUCCUUGUCAAAAGAUUCUAUCCAUCAGGUUGAGUCAGAGGUUAUAAGACUGGAAGAGCUGAAAGGGAGCAGGAUGAAAGAACUUGCACUUAAGAAGCAAUUGGAUUUGGAAGAAAUUUAUCAGAAGUCACACAUGUUGGCAGAAACAGAUAUUGAAAGCGAAUUUUCCGUUGCUUCAAUAGAAUCCGGAAUGGUCAAUCCCUCUGCUCUUCUAGAUAUCAUGGAAGACCGAAUUGCCAAUGCUAAAGAGGAAGCUCUUAGCAGGAAAGAGAUAAUUGAAUUGGUCGAAAAAUGGCACGCUGCACGUGUGGAGGAAAGCUGGCUUGAGGCUUACAAUAAGGAUGAGAAGCGGUACAAUACUGGCAAGGGUAUGCAUCUGACGCUGAAGCAUGCAGAGCGAGCACGCAUAAUAGUUUCUAAACUUCCUGCAGGUAUGGUUGAUUCAUUGAUAGCCAAGACCUCAGUCUGGGAGAGAGAAAGAGGAAAAGAAUUUAUGUACGAUGGGGUUCCUCUCAUCACUGUGAUGGAAGAAUAUCGUAUUAUGAAGCAGGAAAAAGAACAAGAACAACGAAGAAAGAAGGAGCAAAAAAGACGUCAAGGGCAGCAGACGAAAGAGCAGGAGGUCCUAUUUGGUUCAAAACCAAGCCUAGUAAAGCCACAAUCUGCAAGAGACACACCCAAUAAGCAUAGACCCAAUUCAACGACUCCAAAUGGAAGGCUCUCUCUUGGAGUAACCUCGUCAAACAAUCCAAUACCCGGAGGUUUACAAUCCCCAAAGGCAACAACGGUGGCCUCAACUCAUGGUGUAACACCCAGAAGUGAAGGAAGAAAACUCCCUAAAAUUGAUGAUAUCUCUACAAGCAAUCAAAUCUAUCAAUGCUUGGCAGCCCAAGGAAAUGGAAGCUCGACACAGUUGUCCCGAAGGCCAUUUUCACCCAGACUAAAAAAACCCCCAGACGAUUUCAAAAGAACUGAUCACACAAGCCCAAAAGAUACAGCUUCAACUAAGUUUCCAGCUUCCAAAGUCUCUAAACAAAACAAUACCAGUAAAGAGGAGCUCAGAAGCCCAAACUUGAAGUCUAACACCACGUCAACAAACUCUGCUUCGGUAGUUUGCAUACACAUGCAGACUCAGAAGACUGUAGCCCCUUUCCAAAUCUCAUCUCAGAUGACCACUUCACAAAUGCAAACACAGACAGCAUCUGCCAAUCUUUUCAGUGGAACCAAUAUGGUGGCAAGUUCGCCCAAGGUGCCGCAUGUUGAGUACUCAUUCGAAGAAAUAAGAGCUGGUUUUGUCUUACCAGACUUGCAUGUGAGCACAGUAUAGACUUGAAAAGAAUUCAACCAAAUAAGCAAAGAACACAACUAUGCUACUAGCAUGAGAAGCUUAUUUCUAACAGCUUUGUUGUAAAAGAUAAGGUAACCAGUGCUUAUAUAGAAGGUAAAUUUAUUUUA